AUGGCUUUCCUGUGGUUGGUGUCCUGUUUUGCCUUCAUUGGUGCCACUUAUGGCUGUGGUGUCCCAGCCAUCCCCCCUGUGAUCACCGGCUAUGCCCGUAUUGUGAAUGGGGAGGAGGCUGUGCCCCACUCCUGGCCCUGGCAGGUGUCUCUGCAGGAUUUCACUGGCUUCCACUUCUGUGGUGGUUCUCUGAUCAAUGAGAACUGGGUGGUCACAGCUGCCCACUGUGGAGUUCGGACCAGCCAUCGUGUCAUUGUGGGAGAGCAUGACAAGGGCAAGGGUGAUGAGGAGAUUCAGACCAUGAGAGUGGAAGCGGUCUUCACCCACCCUGAGUGGAACCCCUACACCAUCAACAAUGACAUUUCUCUCAUCAAGUUGACUGCCCCUGUCACCAUGAACCCCCGUGUGUCACCUGUGUGCCUGGCUGCCUCUACUGACGUCUACAGUCCUGGCAUGCGCUGCGUCACCUCUGGCUGGGGGCUGACCCGCCACAACGCCUUGUUCACCCCCAACCAGCUGCAGCAGGCCGCUCUGCCCCUGCUCUCCAACGAGGAGUGCAUGGCCCACUGGGGGGACAAGAUCUCCGACGUCAUGAUCUGCGCUGGAGCUGAUGGAGCCUCCUCCUGCAUGGGUGAUUCUGGUGGCCCCCUUGUGUGUGAGAAGGAAGGGGCUUGGCAUCUUGUGGGCAUUGUGUCCUGGGGCAGCAGCCGUUGCUCCACCACCACCCCUGCUGUCUACGCCCGCGUCACUGCCCUGCGCUCAUGGGUGGAUCAGAUCCUGGCAAGUAACUGAAGGGUCACACCGCAGCCUUGGAAUGUA